AUGUCUGAGGAAAGGGAUAUACUAUGUUUGACUGACGAUGAAGACGAUCUUGAGGAACCGUCGGUCCAAGAAUUACAGGGAACUCUCAGCAAGUGGACAAAUUAUUUACAUGGUUGGCAAGACAGAUUUAUCGUUUUAAAGGACUCUACUUUAAGUUAUUAUAAAUCAGAAGAUGAGACUGCGUUUGGAUGUCGUGGUGCUGUUAGUUUGAAUAAAGCGGCUGUCUCACCUCAUCCGUUUGAUGAAUGUAGAUUUGAUGUAAGUGUAGGAGAUAGUGUGUGGUAUUUGAGGGCAUCCUACCCUGAUGAAAGACAGCAUUGGAUAGACUUAAUAGAGCUACACAAGCAAGCUGAAUCAGGAUAUGGUAGUGAGAAUAAUUUACGUCGUCAUGGAUCUAUGUUAUCACUGGCGUCUGGUACCAGUCUAUCUACAGCCUCAGCUUCUUCAUUUAAGAGGGGGAGAGGAUUACGUGAAAAAUUACAUGAAAUGGAAACAUUUCGAGAUAUCUUAUGUCGUCAAAUAGAUACACUACAGAGUUAUUUUGAUAGCUGUGCUUCAGCUGUAGCCCAUGGUACACAUCAACAAUUAAAUGAGCAUGAUGAUAUUGAUGAUCCUGAUGAUUUAGAAUCAAGUACAACAUCUUCAUCCGUCAAUACAGAUAUUCUUAAUCAGAAAUUCGAAGGUCUCAAAACUAGUGAUAUAGCCUGUAUUUUACAACAACAUGGAGGACAUUCAGUAGAUUUUAAAGGAGAAGCGUUCACAUUUAAAGCUACCACAGCUGGUAUAGUAGCUACACUGUCUCAUUGUAUAGAAUUAAUGUCACAAAGAGAAGAGGCCUGGAAAAAACGUCUAGAAAGGGAAGUAGACAGAAGAAAGAAAUAUGAAGAAUCGUAUAAAACAUUAUUAAAUGAAAGACCUAAAGCUGUAGUGUUAGGAGGACCAGAUUAUGAGGAGGGUCCACAUUGUUUAAUACCAGAAGAAGAAUUUUAUGAUGCAGUUGAUGCAACUUUAGAUAAAUUAGAAAAAGAAGAAGAAAAUAAACGUGCUGCAAUAAAUAAAGAUAAACCUUCAUCCACCCAUAUCUCCUUAUCUCCUGAACAUAAAUAUUUUACAGAGGUAAAUCAGAUAGUCAGUCACCAUUUAAACCAAAUUAAUGAUAAUUUAGAAGAGAAUUGGACAUGUAUAGCUGAAGAUGGUGAAUUAAAAGUUUAUAAAAAAGAACUAGAGGAAGAUGGUAUUGUUAUUGAUCCAUUAAAAGCUAUUCAUGUGGUCAAGGGUAUAACAGGACAUGAAGUGUGUAAAUAUUUUUGGGAUAUUGAGUAUAGAAUGGAGUGGGAAGCCACAUUAGAUUCUAGUGAAGUAAUAGAAUGGUUAUCAGAUGAUACGUUUGUCAGUCAUAAUGUUAUUAAAAGGGUGUGGCCAGCAUCCCAGCGUGAUGCAUUAUUCUGGUCACAUAUACAACACAUAGCUGGUGACCAAGAUGAGGAUCCAGAUAGAUGGAUUGUCGUUAAUUAUUCUACAGAACAUGAUGAAUGUCCAAGUACUAAAUAUGUCCGUGUAUUUAUGAAUGUUGGUAUGGUAUGUGAAACGUUAAUAAAACCACCUGCUGAUGGAUGUCAAAUAUCUCGUGAUGAUAUUACUUGUAAAAUUAUAUAUACUGCCGAGGUGAAUCCAGGAGGAUGGGCACCAGCAUCAGUAUUAAGAGCAGUGUAUAAAAGAGAAUAUCCCAAAUUUUUAAAGAGAUUUACAUCUUAUGUUAAAACUAAAACAAGCAAUCUUGACAUUUUGUUAUAAAUUUUUCUACUGUAUUAUUUCCUUAGAAUAUGGACUUAUCUUCAUCAGAAUGUGAGUGACUAGCAUCCGAACUAUUCUUUAAAUUGGUAAAUGAAAGAUGAAGUUUGUUUACUUCAUUCAAUUGAAGAUACAUGUAGGUUUAUCAAAUUUAGG